AUGUCCUCAUACAUAUCGGAUAUACCAGCUCACUCGCCAUCAUCUCCGCUGUCUCCCAAGCUUACUCCGGACUUGUCAUCAUCAUCUCGAUCCUCACCGGAACCACCUUCCUUAUCACCCCUCGCUCUCGACCGCUUUCCUCCCGAACUACGAAUCAUCAUCUUUGACCAUAUCAAAAAUACAGGUCCAUCCGCAUUAUUCAAUCUCAUCUUAACCUGCCAAGAGAUGUACGAUCGAUUCACCCCCUUGUUAUAUACCAGAAUCACCGUGGACCAAGACAACGCUUGA